UGCAUCAGCGCUCAGCACGCGCAUUUACACCGAGUGCUCCGACCAAAUCCCGAGCUCGCGCACGCAAUCCGUUUCCACUUCGGGCGGCGUCGUGCGAGAAAGUGGCCCCGCAGUUCCCGAUCUCUUCCAGACUCAACUCGAGACGUCACAUCUCGCCGAGAGCGCCGCCGGUCCCUCGGUGAAAACUCCCCGACAGUGCAGGCGAGGCUUAAAGAGGAAGAAUGGCGGAUUCGAGUAGCACCGCAGCGGUCGGGGCCGCAGCCUCAGCCUCCAACAGCGCUGCCGCUGCCGGGGCGGCCGGCACUGUUGCGCAUGAUGGAGCGCCUGGGGCCGCGGGACCAAAAGCCGCGUCCGAAUCGGUGAAGGGGCAGAUAUUUGACGUGGGCCCCCGCUACACCAACCUGUCUUACAUCGGGGAGGGGGCUUACGGAAUGGUGUGUUCUGCCCUGGACCACAUGACAAACCAGCGAGUAGCCAUCAAGAAAAUCAGCCCCUUUGAGCACCAAACCUACUGCCAGCGUACAUUGAGAGAGAUCAAGAUCCUGCUGCGUUUCAACCACGAGAAUAUCAUCGGUAUCAAUGACAUUCUAAGGGCUCGCCACAUCGACAAUAUGAGAGAUGUUUACAUCGUACAAACGCUGAUGGAGACGGACUUGUACAAGCUGCUCAAGAGCCAGAAGCUGAGCAACGACCACGUCUGCUAUUUCCUCUACCAGAUCCUGCGAGGGCUCAAGUACAUCCACUCGGCCAACGUGUUGCACCGGGACCUCAAGCCCUCCAACCUGCUCAUCAACACCACUUGCGACCUCAAGAUUUGUGACUUUGGCCUGGCGCGAAUUGCUGACCCUGAGCACGACCACACAGGAUUCCUGACCGAGUAUGUAGCCACGCGUUGGUACAGGGCUCCAGAAAUCAUGCUCAAUUCAAAGGGCUACUCCAAGUCCAUUGACAUCUGGUCAGUGGGUUGCAUCCUGGCUGAAAUGUUAUCAAACAAGCCCAUUUUCCCUGGGAAACAUUAUCUGGAUCAGCUCAACCACAUUCUGGGUGUCCUUGGCUCUCCAUCCCAAGAAGAUCUGAACUGCAUUAUCAACAUGAAAGCCCGAAACUACCUGCAGUCUCUCCCCGACAAACCAAAGAUCCCUUGGGAGAAGCUUUUCUGCAGGGGUGACUCAAAAGCUUUGGACCUGCUGGGCCGCAUGUUGACCUUUAACCCCAACAAGCGUAUCAGUGUUGAGGAGGCACUGGCUCAUCCUUAUCUGGAGCAGUACUACGACCCCACAGAUGAGCCAGUGGCAGAAGAGCCCUUCACUUUCACCAUGGAACUGGAUGACCUUCCCAAGGAGAAACUGAAGGAACUCAUAUUUGAGGAGACGUCUCGCUUCCAGGAAACCUACCAGGGCUCCUGAGACGCACGGUCCAAAAAGGUGUAAACGCCAACCACAGGCUUGGAACCCCGAAGACCCCCCCAGAUGACAUGCUUAAAAAAAAAAAAAAAAUGCAUUCUUAAGAGUCCAAGGAAAAGAAAAACUCUGAACAUUGACUGCUUUUCUUUCCAUUUCCACUGCAAGAAAGCUAAGUGUUUAACUUUGGAUUUGUGUGGUUAGGCGGGGCCAUCGUGUCUCUACUUUGUACUCACCGCCCCACCCCCUUUUAAAAUAAUGUUCUUCUGUUUCCUGUUCAGUGUCCCAGCUCGUCUUUCCCCUCUCCAAUCAUAAUCAGCUGUCAUUAUCCCAUCAAUCUCUGUCGCAGUUUUUUCCUUAACUCUCUUGCCUCUAUUCUCAUAUAGACUAGUACUCCUUAUUAACCAACACCAUUACUCUGUCUUGCUACAUACGUGUACAUUAGAUCUUGCAAUCGAGGGCUAAAAGAAUGGGGGUGCUUAUUGUGUGGGUUCAUGUAUAUUAAGUACAAAAUAUUAAAAAAAAAAAAAAAAAAAAGCUUUUCUUUUUAAGCGGGCUCGUCACGACUUUCACUCGUACAUAAUUGCUAUAAAAUCAGCUUAGUUGUAUUUCCGUGUUCUCUGAUUUAUCUGUGAAAGUCGUGUCGAACGUCUGACUUUCUACUGGCAUGUUUGCAGGUUUACACUUUGUUUUUAUUUUGAAUGAUGUUCAUGUGAAUGCAUGCAUUCCUGAAAUGUACCAAAGCGGAUGAGAGAUGCUAAUGUUUUGGAACCGUUGAGACAUUUCUCGAGCUCCGGCUCGGACAAAGGGCAAACUGAUUGAUCUCGCUCUAUUUGCGUAAAGUUGGCGAUGGUUCGAGGCAGUCGCGUCGCCAAGUCCCACGAAGCUCCAGUUUAUCUUUUGGAUGCUUUCUGCAGAUAACGUGCACUUACUUGGUUAAAAAUCCCAAUUCAUGCAAUACAAUUAUGUGACCAGUCAAAGCACAAAUCCCACCACUGUACAGGUGUGAAACACCAGUAAGAUGCACACACACUCAUUUCCCUCCCGCGCUCAAUACUAAAGUAGAUCAUCACCGAGGAGCCGUUAUGGCACCCUGUUACUGCGUUACAUCACUAUAUCAGUUGGUUGGCCUAUCUUUAUCAUUCCUCGCCUGCAUUUCAAGGGACCAGACACUACUAAAAAGUUGGGAAUUUGAUCACGCAACAUUUCAAUUUAAAAGUUAGGGAUAUUGAACUUUCAGGUGAAAUUUCUCGAUGGACCUGAAAAGAAGUAUAACGACGUAUGAGCCUAAUUUGACCUCUAAACUUGUGAAUGCAGUGUUUGGUUUCAGUGCUCAUUGCUAAAUUAGUUUUUUUAUUCAUGUUUAAUCCAGGAAUGGACCAAUGCAUUUCCUGCUUCAAUUAUAAUUAAUAUUUAAACAGGCCUCUUCAUCUUGGUGUUCAUAUUUUAUACCAAGAUGACAUCGGCAGUUUACAGCAGAGCUACGAAAACACUGGAAAAGUCACGGGACAUUUUUUAUUUAUUUAUUUAUUAUUAUUUUUUUUGAGAGAGAGAAGAGAAGGUCAAACAAUUUUAGGUUCAUCUUAAAAUGGCUCCAAAAUUUUAAGGCCAAUCAAUAUCCCUCCAUUUUGGCAGUACAGUGGUUCCUAUUCCGGAGCAUGGUGGGAUUGUCCCAUCCUGCUUUUUUGACGUUUACAAUGAACUGUCAGAGAGGAACUGUUGGGCUCUAAUGACUGAGAAGUCAGGAAGUAUUUUCAGGUUUGAAUUAUUUUUGCCUCAGUAAAUGCAUGUGGGUGUGUCUAUGUGUGUAAAGUAAAUUUGUACUUGGGUGCUUUUUUUUUUUUUUUUUUUUUUUUCUCUAGAACUACUCCCUCUUGUGACUACUGAGGAAACUCCAUAUGAUUUAAAUCACUAAUCCCCAAAUUACCCUCGGCCUAGCUUCAAAUUUCUAGUGGUUGCGUGUGUCCCUCUCGAUUUCUUUUUUUUUUUUUUUUUUUUUUUUUUUUUUUUUUGUGUUCCAAUCUUCUCCAGUGUUUGCCCGUUUGUUUAUCCGGUUGCCAUAGUGUCCACGCCUCACUGUGCAAACAAGUGGUGUUGUUUCCCAUAGACUGCUUGUAUAUUUGCUAUUUGUGUGCGUUCUUUUUUCCGGUUUGUAUCAGCGCUGCUCGGUGGAGCGCCACCCAUGGGUCCAGUUCAGUAACUGCACUGACAUCAAUGUCAAGAAAAUGGAGCAACACGUCCUGGGCUCUGGACCGCCUGCUGGCUUCAGCCUCCUGUUUUUUAAAAAUGUUGCCCAAAGCGUCGCGGUUCUCUCAGAAGCCAUAGCCAGCACUAACUAUGACUGUCUCCCCCCCCCCCCCCCCCCCACAAUGGGUGUGAGGCUUUUUUUUUCCUGCACAUGUGGUGAAAUCCAUUGAUAUAUUCGCCUUCCCGACUCUUGCCACGCUUUACUCGAAGGGCUGCCUCCGCCCGUCCCUCCUCGUGUGCACUUCUUUCCAGCCACGACUGCACGUUUGCCAUUCGCUUAUACCCCCCCACCACCACCACUAAUCACGUGACCCAAUCAGCACGUCUGCACUUUGUUUUUCAUUUAGGUCCUCAGUUCGUCUCUCCUUGUGUUUAUCCCGCCUGCUCAGCUUUAAGUGUCAUGCUGUGUGGGGGAUUGUCUGAUUUCUGUCAACUGAAUGUUUAUGUUCACUUUCACUUCUCCAAGAGUUUUUUCCAAACUUUGCGUGUUGGCUUGGACGCCGUCCCGCUUUGUCCUUUUUAAUUUGCGAGACUUUUUUUUUUUCCCAGUGCAAAGUGGGUCUUACAAAGAUAAUGUUUGUUUCAUUUGAAUAGCCAUCAGCCACAAGUACACAAAUCCUGCUUGCUUUUUCUGUGAUGUGACAUCAGAUGUGGUUGCCAUGUUUCUCAGCCAAGAGGACUGUGUUUUACAAUCACACACACACACACGCACACUUCGACUGAGGUGUGUGUGUGUGUCUGUGUGUGUGUGUGUGUGUGUGUGUGUGUGUGUGUGUAUAUGCCUGUGACAUGUUGCACUUGAACAUGCCACACACAUUUACGCAGUAUUGAUGAUUCUAGUGGCCCGUCUGUCAUGCGGCCUGGUUCCAGACAUGGUUGUUUUUAAAAUGGUGAUUCUUAAUAUUAUCGUUGUUGUCAUAACUGGUGAGUUGUAUAUUUUUUUUUAUUAUUACUUAAAAGGGAGUUAAAGUUUUCACUUUUUUUUUUUUUUUUUUUUUUACAAUUAGGAUGUUUUGUAUCCCCCCCUAAUUUCUCUUAAGGGUGUGAUUAUUAAUGACAGUCUUUUCAGUCUUUGAGCUUUUUUUCUUUCUUUGGAUAUUCCCUCCAAGUUCUCUAUAAGGAAUUAUUUUUAAAGGAGUCAUUUGUCGAUUGUCAAAGAGAUAUGAGUUAAGGGUUAUAGUCUGUAUAUUGUAUGGAUGGAUAUUAAUUAAAUGAUUUAACAAAGCAGCAAAAUUAUAUUACAAAUAAUUGAAUAAAAAUUUCCUGAUACUGUU